CACAAUUUCUAAUUAUUUUAGAAAAAAGAAAGAUUGACAGAUGAUGAGGAGUCACGUGUCAGCAUGAUGGGUUCAAACCAAUUAUUGUCUCUUUUCUCUUUUUUGAAUUGGAUCAAUCCGGUUUUGACCCGGAUCUACUCGGUAAAACCUAGGUAUUUUUGGGAGGUGAGAAUUGGCAAAGGAUAAGAAUUCAUUCUAUUCAUUUCUAUUGGUCUCUUGCACUCCAACUCCUAAUUCUUAUCCCUUGAGAAUGAAAAUAUCCAUGUUCCUAUUAAUAAAAGGGUUUAUAAAGGCAGAGCUCUCAUUACGCGGAGGGGCCACGGGCUUGACGCUUGGAGACACGUAUCGCCGCCAAACAGCGCCACCAAUGGAAAGCUGCACACGUUUCGCUGAACCAAUUGCGAUAUCUAUGUAUAAAGCCAAAAACCUCCGCCCUCAUCCCGUACCAUACCAACACCCAUACCGACACCAUACUGUUCGCCGGAGUCGUUGCAACUCCCUCUGUUUCGCCCUGCUCUGCUGUGCUCUGCUCACCACCGGAAAAGAAAACAAUCGAACGUAGUCACCGUCGGAGGAAAAGCCAGCCAUGUCGCACCUGGUGGACAAGGCGAAGAACUUCGUGGUGGAGAAUGUGGUGGGGAUGAAGAAGCCGGAGGCCUCCCUCUCCGACGUCGAUCUAAAGGACGUCAGCCGCGAAUGCAUCACCUACCACGCCAUGGUCGCCGUCAACAACCCCUACUCCCACUCUCUCCCCGUCUGCGAGAUCACUUACAGCUUCAAAAGCGCCGGCAGGCAAAUAGCGUCGGGGAACAUGGCGGAUCCGGGAUCUUUGGCGGGGAACGAGACGACGCCGCUGGAGGUGCCGCUGAAGGUGCCGUAUAACAUACUGGUGAGUCUGGUGAGGGACAUUGGCGCGGAUGGGGACAUAGACUAUGAAUUGGAAUUGGGUCUCAUCAUCGAUCUGCCUGUCAUCGGAAACAUCACCAUUCCUCUGUCCAAAAAGGGCGAGAUCAAGCUCCCUACCCUCUCCGAUGUCUUCUGAUCGAUUAAUUUCAUCUCUCUCUCUUCCAGAUUUGGUUCUGUCCUUGACUUGUUUUCUUCUUUAAAGUUGCCGUGAUGAUGAUGUGCUUUACUUUUUCAGAAAAAUAUAUAAUAUAUGCAUUAUUCUUCAAUGAAAGAAUGAUGAUAUAUGGUCAAGCUCUGUUACUUUAUAGUUGUAUUUAAUUAUGAAUGUUCUAGCCGUUAUUCUUAUAUUUAAAUUUCUUCUUAUUUUCGCAAAA